GAUAACAGCGUAACCUAGCGAUUGAUUAGUACGUAACCUAGACAUUGCGUAAGCAUUGCCAUGUGUGCUAGUCCGCGCGCGGCGCGAGAAAGUGUUGUACCCCACCAAGGUAAGCCGGCUACGCUACGCAAUGAUCCGUCUGUUAGUGCUGUGCUGCGUCGCGCUAGUGUGCGCUCGCCCUUACGAUCCAGAUGACGUAGAGCUUGCGAAGGUGCUGCAGCCCAGCGGACAGUUUGAGGCGUUCUACCCGAGACAGACUCACGGGUUACCCAACGGGUCGUCGCGACCCGCGCACGGCCACGGCAGCUUCUACAAGCAUCGUAACCCUGCGUUGGUUGACGUAAAGAACGCCGCGGCAUACGGGUUCCGCUUCGACGGCAUGCGACGUUUCAACUUCGAUGAUGAUGAUGAAUAAACGUUGAAGUCA